CAACUCACUCGACAGUCGCCCAUCAUGUCGCUUGAGGAGAGACUGAGCAAGAUUCGGGACAACCCGAAGCUGCAGGGUCAGCAGCAGACGCAUGUGCUGCUCUCGGCCAUCGAAGACACGCUUCGCCAGCAGAAGUCAGAAUUCACCCCGACAGCCUACUUCGCGGCGCUGCUGUCGCUUCUUAGCCGCCAAAUUGGUGCGCAAGGCAUUGCAAACAAGGAGAGCGCCACGGCUACCAUCUAUCUCCUCGACCUGGUCACACCCCACGUCCCCGCCCCGCUGCUGCGCUCCAAGUUCACCGACAUCCUCACGAGCCUCGCGCCCGCCCUCACCCACAACGAUGCCGAGGCCCCGCUGAUCCGGUCUUCGAUAGGAUGCUUGGAGUCACUCUUGGUGGUGCAGGAUGCGCGCGCAUGGGAGCUGCCGCAGACGCAGAUUAGCCCGCGAAGAGCUGUUGCGGGACUACUCCAGAUUUCCGUCGACAACCGGCCCAAGGUGAGGAAGAGGGCGCAAGAGGCACUCGCAAAGGUCCUCGCGAACCCCCCUCCAAGCCCUGCGCUUGACCACCCCGCCGCCGACAUGUGCGCUGAGACGGCGCUCAAGAUGCUAAAGGACAUUGCAGAGGCGGCCGCCAAGUCACGGAAGCACAAGGCCAACAGAGACGCUGGAAAUAAGGACCCAGAUCUUAUCCACGCACUGCAGCUCAUCAAGACGAUUGCGACGUCGCCUGGUGGCUGGCCCAGCGGCAAGAUCGAUGUGCUGUGCGAGCUGUUGCUGAACAUCUCCAAGUCGACCAACGAGUUCCUGACCAUGGCCGCCUUCGAGAUUUUUGACGUCAUCUUCGCAGGCAUGGCCGACGAACUUGCAUCCGCAAAGCUGCCCCAGCUCCUCGACGUCAUCUCCGAGCUUCAGCCGUCGAAGAACGAUUCGCAGCUGCUUCCGCCAUGGAUAGCCGUCAUCUCGCGAGGCUACGAAGUCUCUGCACAAAUCGAGCCCGAAGACACCUUCAUGAAACUACCGGAGAUAUUCACCAUGAUAUCCACAUUCCUCACAUCGUCGUCGCAUAACAUCCGCAUAUCCGCUUCUGAGUGCCUGAUCUCUUUCCUGGCAAACGUCAUACCUGACAGCGUCAUCCUCGAACCCUCCGUAUACGAUGAGAAGAUAUUGGAGAAGGUUGCCAAAAUUGCGCAAGAUCUGCUGAGCGUCAAAUAUCAGGCUGCUUGGAUGGAAGUGUUCAGCAUGCUGUCUGCCAUGUUUGAGACGCUCAGAUGGCGUUCAGACCCCCUUCUGAGGCCAGUUCUACGGAUCGUUGGAGACUUGAGGAGCAACGAGAGCUUUGCAGGCAAGAAAGAGGCGGAUGCCGUAAUCUCGCGAGCGAUCAGUGCCAUGGGCCCGGACGUAGUACUUGAGAUCUUGCCACUGAACCUGCCGCGACCGCCCCCUGGACAGACCGGCAGGGUGUGGAUGCUCCCUCUCCUCCGCGACUCGGUACACAAUACGAAGCUCGCGCACUUCACGGCCGAGAUGGUACCCCUCAGCGAAGAGCUCUACCAAAGGGUUAUCGAUCACGGCGAAAGGGAGAAGACAAUGGAGGUCAAGGUAUUUGAGACGGUCGUGCAGCAAAUCUGGUCUAUAUUGCCCGGCUACUGCGACCUUCCACUCGACCUCGUCGAAGCGUUUGACCAAGGUUUCUGCGAAAUGUUGGCGAAUCUACUAUACGGUCAGGCCGACCUGCGGACAGACAUUUGCCGAGCCCUACAGAACCUGGUAGAUAGCAACAAGGUCAUCGUGGAGCUAGAUACCGACGAUGAUUUGCUUGCGCAGGCUCGGAUUUGCAAGGCCGGUGCAGCUAAGAAUCUUGAACAUCUGGCAGGGUUUGCAAGCAACAUGCUUGCAGUCCUAUUCAACGUGUACAGCCAGACCUUACCACAGUACCGGGGUACUAUUCUUAAGGCGAUCAAUGCUUUUUUGAGCAUCGUCCCGGAGAAGGAACUCAUGGAGACUUUCGAACGAGUUGCGAGUAACCUGGAAUCUUCAUUGGCAGAGACCGGUUCACAAACGCAAGCAGACAAGCAGAAACAGGACAAGAACCAGAUGAAGAUGCCGCCGAUGAGCCACACGCUCAUGGAUCUAAUCAUCACAAUCGCCCUUUAUCUCCCGCGGGAUAGUUACCGUUCGCUCUUCCGCAUGGCUGAGAUCAUGAUCAACAAGGACAACGACCCACAGCUACAGAAGAAGGCAUAUAAGCUCAUACCCCGCCUCGCGGAAUCAGAAAUGGGCAAAGCAGCGCUGAAAGAUCGGAACGGCGAGCUGCAACUGCUCCUACUCCACAGUGCAGAGAAGGUUUCCGCGCCCGCGAGGAGAGAUCGAUUGCACGCACUCCUUCAGGUCAUCGAGUCCUUGCCACAAAGCGAUCUACACUUCAUUCCAUCCAUUCUCUCUGAGGUGGUCAUAUCGGCCAAGGAGACGAAUGAGAAGGCACGUGAGGCAGCCUACAACCUGCUCGUCGCUAUGGGUGAAAAGAUGGCAGAAGGCGGCAAAGUCGUGCAGACCAAAGUGCCAAAUAUGCCCGCCGAUGCACCGACCGUGGAUGCAUCAUUGGAAGAAUACAUCACGAUGGUUUCAGCUGGCCUGGCCGCCUCCACCCCACAUAUGAUUUCCGCCUCCAUCACAGCUGUAACCCGGAUAGUAUACGAGUUCCAGGCCAGGGUAUCAAAGGAGACAAUCACAAAUCUCUGUGAUCUCAUGGACAUCUUCCUCCAGAAUCCGAACCGCGAAAUCGUGCGCAGUGUGCUCGGCUUCGUUAAAGUCGAGGUUAUCUCACUGCCAGAAGCCCUCAUCAGGCCGCGCCUAAAAACACUAUUAUCGAACCUUAUGGUCUGGAGCCAUGAGCACAAAGCACACUUCAAAGCCAAGGUGAAGCACAUAGUUGAGCGUAUGGUCCGAAAAUUCGGCGUUGAUGAGGUCGAACGCGCUUGUCCUGUGGAGGACCGCAAACUCAUCACCAACAUACGGAAGAUGCGCGAGCAGCGAAAGAAGAAGAAACAGCAGGCCGAGGAAGACGGUGAGGCGCCAAGUGAGAAGCCGAAGGGCAAGUUUGAAAGUGAAUACGACCAGGCUGUAUAUGGCAGUGAGAGCGAAGAGAGCGAUGGAGACUCGGAAGAUGAGUUUGUUAAAAGUCAGAGCAAACAAAGAAGCGGCAAUGCCAAGGGCGGCAAGACGUAUAUCGUGGAAGAUGAAGAUGAGCCGCUUGAUCUGCUGUCCAAGCGCGCGCUGGGUAACAUAUCAUCUACAAAACCGCUCCGCCAACGCAAACAACCAACAAAGAUGAAGACCCGCACAAACGAGGACGGUAAACUCAUUCUUGGCGAUUCGGACGCAGAUGACGCUGUAAAGAGCAAAAAGCCUAAAGGAACAGAUGCCGAUCACGAUGUGCUCAUGGACUUUGACGACCAAAACACAUCUCUCGAAGCCGGUAUUAACGCCUACGUCGACGCAAUUCGUGGUCGCGACGCGGCGCAGCGCGGUCAAAAGGGGAAACUAAAGUUCAGCAAUAAGAAGACCAAGGAAGAUGAGAUGGACGUGGAUGAUGAUGGUGGCGAGGCGGAUUGGCAGGAGGUCAGGAAGGCGAAGAGUGGGUCCGGAAUGGGCAGGGGCGGAUUCAAGAGUGGUGGUGGUGGUGGUGUCAAGACGCAAAGGAAAGGAUUAGGCGCUGAAAAGCAGAGAGGUGCGAAUGGUGCCUCUGCUGGCGGCGCGGGUGCGAAGGGGAGAGUGGAGAAGAGCAAAAGUCCGCGGGGUAAAGGAUUUGUCAGGGGAAAGGGCUUCGGGGGUAGAUGGAGUGGGCCAAAGUAGGCUUUCUCACUUAAAAACUAGAUAGGCGUUUCGAUGAGUUGGGUUAGGUUCGCUUUUGCAUGAAUAGAUACCAUUUCCCCAUCCUCAUGGCUGUGAUACCCAUCUGUACGAUUCGGUGUAGUAAAUGGCGUUGAUGGUUGCGAGACGCGUCUAUUUGAAUAGGUUUACGUACACCCUUCGAGAAUGAUGCACGGUGGCGCAUUCAUGCUUGG